GAGGUUCAGAUUCUGUUCAUUUGCUCUCCACACAUUAUUUUCUUCGUUCUUUUUUUUUUUCUCCCGUCCCUUCCGAAUUCACUCGUAAUCGGAGAGGUAUCGGAGAUUCCCACGAAUUCCAGGAAAAAAAGGGAUAGAAAAUGGCAGAAGCCGAGGACAUUCAGCCCCUUGUCUGCGACAAUGGAACCGGAAUGGUCAAGGCUGGAUUCGCUGGAGAUGAUGCCCCGAGAGCUGUUUUCCCCAGCAUUGUUGGUCGUCCUCGCCACACUGGUGUGAUGGUUGGUAUGGGCCAAAAAGAUGCAUAUGUCGGUGACGAGGCUCAGUCAAAGAGAGGUAUCUUGACAUUGAAAUACCCGAUUGAGCACGGUAUCGUUAGCAACUGGGACGACAUGGAGAAGAUUUGGCAUCACACUUUCUACAAUGAGCUUCGUGUUGCGCCAGAAGAACAUCCUGUUCUUCUCACCGAGGCUCCUCUCAACCCGAAAGCUAACCGUGAGAAAAUGACCCAAAUUAUGUUCGAGACCUUCAACACUCCCGCUAUGUACGUCGCUAUUCAGGCUGUCCUUUCCCUCUAUGCCAGUGGCCGUACAACUGGUAUUGUCUUGGACUCUGGAGAUGGUGUGAGUCACACUGUUCCCAUCUAUGAAGGAUAUGCACUUCCGCAUGCCAUUCUCCGUCUGGACUUAGCAGGUCGUGACCUCACUGAUUACCUCAUGAAGAUCUUGACCGAGCGUGGUUACUCUUUCACCACCACGGCCGAGCGUGAAAUCGUAAGGGACAUGAAAGAGAAACUCGCUUACAUAGCUCUCGACUACGAGCAAGAAAUGGAGACAUCAAAGACGGGCUCAGCAGUCGAGAAGAGCUAUGAGCUACCUGACGGGCAGGUCAUCACGAUUGGUGCCGAGAGAUUCCGAUGCCCAGAAGUCCUCUUCCAACCGUCCUUCAUCGGAAUGGAAGCAGCCGGUAUUCACGAGACAACAUACAACUCCAUCAUGAAAUGUGACGUCGAUAUCAGGAAGGAUCUAUACGGGAACAUUGUCCUAAGCGGUGGUACCACCAUGUUCCCGGGUAUCGCUGACAGGAUGAGCAAGGAAAUCACUGCUUUGGCUCCCAGCAGCAUGAAGAUUAAGGUCGUUGCCCCGCCCGAGAGGAAGUACAGUGUCUGGAUCGGUGGAUCCAUUCUCGCAUCCCUCAGCACAUUCCAACAGAUGUGGAUAGCGAAGGCUGAGUACGACGAAUCAGGACCGUCCAUCGUCCACAGGAAAUGCUUCUAGACAAAAUUGGCAAAAGGUAUUGUGAAAGAGAGAUGUACCUAAAAAGAAAAGAAUGCAUUUUUUUUUUCUUCUUGUUCGUUCUGUUUCUUCGGUUUCCAUAUUGUGCCCUUUGCUUUUGGUGUUUUCCGCUGUUUAUGUGUAAGCCAAUGGACAGAGGAAUCGCUUGUUUUGUUUUAAUUUUUCUCCCCUCAAAUCAAAACAAUGAAAAUGGAACCUAGAGUUGUGCUAUCUUUAUGGAUUUGGCUUUUUUUUUUA